CAAUAUAUGAGAUGAAAUAAAAAAAAACGAUAUGAAACGAGCUAUUUUGUGUUUUAUAUUGGUCAUUGGCACAGUUUUCGAACAAGGAGAAUCGUACUAUGAACCGUGUUUCAAUUUGAUGUUUGUGUUUGAUGUCUCGUGUGAAGUGGAUAAAGAAGCAAUUUACAAUGCACUCUUAUUUCAUGAGAAAUUGAUUUGGGACUUGACAAUUAACUAUGAAAACAUACCAGAAAACUUCAAAGAAGGUGCUGUUUUAUUUGAUAAAAAUGAAAAAGUUAUCUUUGAGAUGGGAUCCAUUUUCCAUGACUUUUUCAUUAUAUGGGACAAAACGGAUCUUAGAAAGACGAAAUGCAAACCAAAAACUGAUGUAGCAUUAAGGUCGCUGUAUGAAGAUCACAUGCGAUUUGAAAGUACACCACGAAGUCAGAAUAAAAGGAACGUGAAGGCCAUGGCUGCUAUACUGUUUACAGAUGGACUGACAGAUUCAAAAUCAGUUAACAACAUAGAUAAUGUCUUAGAUGAUUUAGUUCUGUAUGGAGUCGAUCUAUUUACAGUCCUGAUAGAUAAGAAAAGAAAGGAAAAGGUUAAAGGCUUGCGUUCCAUAGUGGACAAGCUCCAGGAGAGUAAUGUGCAACGAUACUAUGACAUAAAGGGUGAUUUUGAAGGAUCUAACUACAAAUUUGGAGCCAAUCGUUUCUUUGACAUACGGAAUGAGUCAUCUACAGCUGUUUCUGAAAUUGCAAAUGAGCUCCGACAAAGGCAACCUUUCCCUCCAAUGCGUCAUUAUGGAUGCGAUGCGCCUGAUCUUGGCUUUGAAUCCGAGCCUCAUUGUUGGCCAUGGUUUGCCGCCAUCCAGAGCAGAGAUGAGUAUCAUCCGAUGGGCUGGGUGAAUUUUUGUGGUGGAAGUUUACUUAACAAUGGCUGGGUUCUCACCUCAGCUCAUUGCUUUAACAGAAAACGGAAAGACGUAAGAAUAGUAUUGGGCAAACAUGACCUUACAAAAAUUGAAGAGGGGGAAGUUGCUUAUAACAUAAGCAUGAUAAAAAUACAUCGUAGAAAUGACAUUGCCUUGGUAAAGCUUGAUGGUUAUGAUUCAAAUGUAAUAUCUGGAAAGAUACAACCAGCUAAACUGCCAGCCAAAAAUAUGAAACACGAAUUAAAAGAUUAUGUGGCAAACAAAGGGAAAUUCACAGUUAUUGGAUAUGGAGUCGUAACUAAAUCAAUAUUUGGUAGGCAAUCCAAUGUAUUGAGGGAAAUCGAAGUUCUAUCACAGCCCUUGGGCCAAUGUAAAUCCACUUACUCUGACAAAACCACAAAGCGUCUAUUUCAUUUAAAAAAUAUCAGGGUAACAGCAGAUUCAAUUUGUGCUGGAGGCAUAGGUUCCGAUGCAUGUAAGGGUGAUUCUGGAGGCCCAUUGAUGUCUAACAUGACAGGUGAAUGGUUGGUUUAUGGUCUGGUAGAAUCUGGAGCUCCUGCAUGUGGACUAGCAGAUAUUCCAGGAGUGUAUACAUCAGUUAUCCAUAAUCUAAAAUGGAUAGAUAGCAUCACUGGACCGAUUCAAAAUGGUGGUACAAACCCCAAAGUGUAUAUGGCUCCAAAUGUAUGUCAUAGACCAGUCUGUGUAAAAGAACUGAAUGUAAUUAUCGUAGCAGAUCUCACAACUGAUGCAGACAUUAGUGAAUACCCCAUUGAAGCAUUCAUAAUGCAAUUGGGUAUUGCUCCAACUAAAGUCCAACUUGGUAUUGUGGCAAUAACGGAUGAUGUCCAUGAGGUUAUAACAAUUUCAAGAGAGUUCGGAAUUUAUAAUAUAAUUGAAGCUUUAAGAAAUGUCACUCAAGCCAAAAAUAUCAAUAAGAACAAUCCGAUCCGAUCCACUACCAAUGAUGAGACAACCCCCUAUACAGACGAAAGUACAAAACCUCUAACAACAGCCAGUCCAGAGUCACAAACCUUCCACGAAGAAAUGAUUAUAAGAGCAUUUAAAUUAGCAGAUGAUCAGUUAAAAAACAAUCAGCGUUUUGGUCCCCAGCUGUUAAAAGGCCCUCUUACAGCUGGGGACCAAAAUGCCGCUGGAAGUAGGGACUCUGUUGAAGAGAAUAAUGUACCAUCAGAAAGGGAUUUGUGUUUGAAUGGAACAAGUUUGAAGAAAACGGUGCAGUAUGAGACUUGUAAUCCUUGA